CGCAACCACCGCCUUCACCGACGCCAAAAUGACCACCGCAGGACUCGGCGUGCCCGUCAAAUUGUUGCACGAGUCUCUCGGACAUAUCAUCACCGUUGAGCUCAAAACGGGACAGCUCUACCGCGGGAAAUUGGCCGAAGCGGAAGACAACUUGAACAUAUCUCUCAAGGACAUCACAGUAACAGGCAGGGAUGGUCGUGUGUCUCAACUAGAUCAAGUGUACAUCAGGGGGAGUAUGGUCCGAUUCUUUAUUGUCCCAGACAUGUUGCAGAACGCGCCAAUGUUCAAGCGUGUAGGUCCUAACGCUAUGAGAGGGCGUGGUAUUGGUACGGCGCGUGGUAGGGCAACGAUCAUGCGAGCCAAUGCUCGUCGUGGUCGUGGAGUACCCGCCGCCCGUGGUAUCCGGCGAUGAAAGGGUGUCUCUCCUCAAAAGUCUGUUAUAUAGCUGUCAUGCAGAUUGUAGUCGAUGCUUGUCUUGUUGUUCUCGCAUCAAUCGAUUCACUCAUUUUGGAGACAC